AUGGAGCAUCACAGAAAACUUGAACGAAGGUUGAAUGAUCUUCUGGCAAAACAACGCCAACUAAAUGCUAUCAAGAGUGAUUUGGAAAUGAAAAUAAAAAUAGAGCUUCGAUUGGGAAGAUGUGUAAGGCAAGAAGUAGAGAACUGGCUUCUAGAUGUGCAAACCAUCAAUGGCAAAAUACAAAGCAUUGAUGAAAGAACGCAAAAUCUGUCUUGUUUUUCACGUGGGCACCUUGGGAAACAAGUUUCCCAAACAGUUGAAGAAGUGAAGGAAAUUAUUGAACAAGGCAGGUUCACUGGAGCUCUUGUAAUUGAUGAUCCAUCUACUGCUGGAGUGCCUUUUCAGUUGGAACAUUUGGAAGGUGAAACCGCGGUGAUUGCAGACAUUUGGAAGCAUUUGAUGAGUGAUGAAAUUGGAAUGGUUGGUGUAUGUGGAAUGGGCGGGAUCGGGAAAACCACUAUAAUGAAGCACAUACACAAUAAACUAUUGGAGGAGACUAAAACUAAACCCUUGUUUGAGAAAAUCAUUUGGGUCACUGUUUCACAGGACUUCAACAUCACCAGGUUACAACAAGACAUUGCAGAUGCUAUGAAUAUUGAAGAUCUUCCGAAACCUGAACAAAAACGUGCAGCUGUGUUAAGGAACGAAUUGCGACAAAUAAGACAUAUGUUGAUCUUAGAUGAUGUUUGGGAAGGGUUCGUUCUUGAAAAGGUCGGGAUCCCUAUACCAAUAUUCAGCAAUGGGAGUAGGUUGGUAUUAACUAGUAGAUCGAAAGUGGUUUGUAGAUCUAUAGGUUGUUGUGAGAUAGUCGAAGUGUCUCCACUUUCCAAUGAGGAGUCCAUGAAUUUAUUCUUGGCGCAUACCGGACGUGGGAUUUUAAAGGUUCCAUCUUUGGAAGAAAUUUUGGGCGAUAUUGUUGGAGAGUGUGAUGGGUUACCCCUUGCCAUAGCAGUAAUAGCCGGGAGCAUGAAGGGAAUAUAUGAUGUUGUUGAUUGGAGGAAUGCAUUAACAGAGUUAGGUGACCAUAUAACAAGUGUGAAGGGCACAGAUAAAGAAAUAUACGGGCGAUUAAAGUUCAGUUUUGACCGUUUGGAAGAUUCAAAUAUCCAAAAUUGUUUCCUUUAUUGCUCACUGUACCCAGAAGACUGUAGAAUUCCAAGGGUGGAAUUAAUAGAAUACUGGAUAGAUGAGGGAUUUCUUGAAAGGGGGAGUCGACAACAAUUGCAUGAUAGGGGUCAUACUAUAUUAAAUAGGCUGGUAAACAACUAUUUGUUGGAAAUGGCUGGAGAUGAUGUUAAGAUGCAUGAUUUGAUGAGGGAUAUGGCAUUGUAUAUCAAACACCCUUAUUUUAUGGUAAAAGCUGGCACCGGAUUGAAAGAUUUACCAAGCAAGCAAGAAUGGAAAGAUGUUAAAAGGGUUUCAUUCAUGAUGAAUAUGGUAUCAGAAAUUCCUCCAAGCUUGUCACCCAAUUGUCAAAAUCUUUCGACCUUGUUAUUACAAAACAAUGAGUCCUUGAAAAGGAUUUCAGAAUCAUUCUUUCAGCACAUGCAUAGUCUCAGCGUUCUUGACCUUUCUUAUACUAGUAUUGAGCAAUUGCCCAAUUCCGUAUCAAACUUGGAAACACUCAACGCAUUGGUGCUUCGUGGAUGCAAGGAGUUGAGAUAUGUGCCUUCACUAGAAAAGCUUAAGGCUUUACGAAAGCUAGACCUCCAGGGUACAGGUAUUGAAAAGGUGCCUAAAGGUUUGGAAAUGUUGGCAAAUCUAACAUAUCUCAACUUAUGUACUGAAAGCUUAAACGAGCUGCCAAUAGCAAUUUUACCUAGGCUUUCUUAUUUGCAAUGUUUGGUAUUAUACGUUAAAUCACCUAGCGUAAAAAUGAAUGGAUUGGAAGCUACCAGAUUAAGGAAGUUAGAGGUAUUUGAAGGGAGAUUUAAUGAGUUGAUAGACUUUAAUGCCUACAUCAAGUCUAUACAAGGUCGAGAGCUUACUUCUUACUUGCUUGUCAUGGCAUCGCCUAAAGCUAAGUUUGACGCCAGACCACUUGUAGAAGGGCUAAACAAUGCUUUCUUUUUCAACUUCGACUUGCUUGGGGAUUGCGACGUCAGGAAUGUGUUCAAAAUUGUGGCAGGACACCAAGGUACGGAUGCAAUCAAAUCUAUAAAAUUUCAGUAG